AUGCAUUUCCCUAUUCUUUUUCUCUCAUUUUUCAGUAAGUUUAUCUAGAAUAAGCAGCAGAAUCUAUGCAGACUGUUUUUUGCCUACAGUAAUCCAAAAGUGCUCGGCACAAUCCACGUCAUCAGUCGAUGAUUCCUCGACUUCCACGUCACCUUCCUACACUUCCACGUAUGCGAAUUCUUCUCCGUCUUCCUCUUCUUCUUCCUCAUCGUCUUCUGGCUCCACGAAUUCCUUCUACUCAACCACCACGGAUUCAGAUGCGUUGAAUCUUGAUGACGCCGAGAAGCUGGUGACGUAUACGACUGGACAAAAAACAAUCUUCCUCGCGUGCUGCGGUAUUCCAAUCCGACCGUCGUCUCCUCUGAAUCCUUCCUCGUUUCAGGCGGCACUUUCGUACUCCUCAUCGCCCUCGCAAUCCUUUCCGGCCUAUCCGACACCAUCGCUCGAUCUCGUCAGAAGACAAAGAGAACUCACGCUUAA